UGGCAACUCAGAAACAUGGAAGACAUGUCCAUAGCUGACACUGGUUCACAUGCAGUUUCAACUAACCCAGACGUGAACAGAGAGAGACAGAUUAAAAGUUCAAGUACUCCUUUCUGUCUCUUUCCGGCGUUCAAGAUGUCGAGAGGACGUGGUGGGUCCUCUGGGACUAAAUUCCGGAUCUCCUUGGGGCUUCCGGUGGGCGCCGUGAUCAACUGUGCUGACAACACAGGAGCCAAAAAUUUAUAUAUCAUCUCCGUGAAGGGUAUCAAGGGACGACUGAACAGGCUUCCUGCUGCUGGUGUGGGUGACAUGGUGAUGGCCACAGUCAAAAAAGGUAAACCAGAGCUCAGAAAGAAGGUACAUCCAGCGGUGGUAAUUCGACAACGAAAGUCAUACCGGAGAAAAGAUGGUGUAUUUCUAUAUUUUGAAGACAAUGCUGGGGUCAUUGUAAACAAUAAAGGGGAAAUGAAAGGUUCUGCCAUCACAGGACCAGUUGCAAAGGAGUGUGCAGACUUAUGGCCCAGGAUUGCAUCCAAUGUUGGCAGUAUUGCAUGAUCCUUCAGUGUAUUUGUAAAAAAUAAAAACUUACUUGUUCCC